AUGUUAGAGGGGCUCAAGGUUCGGAAUGGAUGUAGCUUCGCGGUGAUGCUUCAUAUCAACGUAGAGUACAGGAAGGGGUUCAAGGUUAGCAUUGAAGAUAGCAGGUUCAGCGAAAGCUUUGGCAGAUGCCUUGCUGGGUGCAGAAUGGGAAAGUUAGUAACUACGGUAGGGCAGAGUCCAGAACCCAGACCAUAUGGAUUGAACCUAGACAAAGAAAUUGGUCAUAACAGCCGGUCAGGCCCAGUUGAACACGGCUAG